AUGUCAGUUUCGCAGAUUAGAGUGAUGCCGUCUUACCAACCAUUCCAAUGCCUCGUCUGUCAAAGUCGAUUUACUCGACAUGAGAACCUCAAGCGGCAUUCAACGCUACACUCCCGCUCUCAGGCCGAGGCGUCGCUUCCCUGUGACUUCUGCCACGCAACAUUCUCACGUCCCGACUUGCGCAAUCGUCAUAUGAAGAGGAAACAUCCAGAGCAUGAGCAGCAUCGAGUGACAAAAAGGACACAGCGCCAACCAGCACCUAGACAAGCUACGCUGCAUUCUUCUGUAUCACCGACAGCGAUCUCACCUACAGGAAGCCAUAAUGUUUUGCCUUCCCCAGGGUCUGUGCAUUCGAGCCCAGGGGAGGAGACAAGAUUUGAUAGUGAUGCGAUCUGGCGCCCAGUGAUGCGGUAUCAACAGCAGCAACAACAGCAGUUUGACCGUCGCCACCCCAGGGAAAACCCAAAUAUUGCUACGCCAAGGAAUGGGGGAGCCAAGACGCAACAAAUUACGAGAGACCUACUACAACACCAACCGACAAGCGACUCUGUUUUGAUCGAUCAGAUUGUUCAGGAUGCCACAGAUCUGGAGCGGAACUUACUAUUAGGGGCAUCCUUUCUGAAGCCCACCAAUCAUCUUGACAACCAACUACACCCGAUGGCCACCUCACAAGCCGAGCCACUUGAUACAACUCUAGUAGAGUACAGUUUCAAUCAUCCGAUCUUGGAUAGAUUGUCGCCAGGCGAUAUCCCUCAACUCCAGGACGAUUGGAUCCCGACUGCCUUGCAGAUUUCACGAGGCUGCAAUCUAUUUUUCAACUCUGUCUCUGAUUUCCUCCCAUUUCUCCAUUCCCCGACAUUCGAUCCGACACAAGCUCCUCCUCAUUUGGUCCUAAGCAUGCUUUGCCUGGCCUAUCAAUACGGCGAGGACCCAGAAUGCGGGGACCAAGAAGGCUCAGGCCAAAGCUUUUCUAUACGUUGCUUUCACAAAGCUCGAGCUCUCCUUGCUUCCGAUGAAGAGAGGCCUGACGCUUCAGCAAUGAUCACCGCACUGGUUCAAUCAUACUUGCUUCUUCAAAUCUGUGCUAUGAUGUACCUUUGUGGCGACAACUCAGCAUGCGGGCUUAAGAUGCAUUCGCACAUGAUCUCUCUGGCUCGCGCUGGACGAAUGACACAGCCAAUGCCUGUUGAGUCCGGUGCGACCACAGAUUUGGAGUCAUUGUGGCGGGAGUUUAUCAAAGCCGAGUCGCACAAACGGACUCUUUUCGCAGUGCAUCAAAUCGACGCGCUUUGGUACCAAUUCCUUUCCAUUCCCCGCUCAAUAUCACACUUGGAAAUCAAGCACGAAAUGCCCUGCCCAGAAGACCAAUGGAUCUCAUCCUCUUCUGCCGAAUGGGCUCAUCGACAACUUGUUGCAAGACAUGCCGGCCCCUCUGUCACAUACACUGAUGCUGUUCGACGCUUCCUUUCCUCUGAUGAGGAUAUCACCUCUCUUCCAACAUUCGACCCAUACGGCGCCAUCAAUAUCGCGCAAUUUUUGAUUUCUAGCGCCCGAGAAAUCUCGGGCUGGUCUACAAUGACGGGAAUGCUCAGCAUGGAGCGAUUUGGCGCAUUAAGAUCAUCCCUUAUUACUCUUAGCCCGUUCAUCUGCCCCAACAACCACACAGCGCUAACAAAACACGCAACUUCAUGUGCUGCAACUUGGGAGACUGCCAUGAUCGAGCUACAGAUGUGGUCACCAUCCCAUACCGGUGGCAUUGUGGAAGGAAGCAUAGAUGCCGUUCUCAGUCAGUCAACAUACCUAGGGCCGUCGCAGUUCCUGUGUGAUGCCAGCACGGCCAAAGCUAUACAACCGCAUGUCAAUUGGUUCCUACGAUAUCUCAAUGAGACGCUCAUAUUAGAAUCCGAAGCGCCGUGGGUUGCUUUGUAUGCGUACAAAGCCUUUUUGAUCGCUUGGCAACUAAUACAUGUUGGUAUACCUGGCGCAAUGGAUGCCGUCGGCGUCCAUGAUGGUGAUAUGGAGGGAGCUCUGAUGUGGGCGAGAAAGGUCUUCCAACGAAGACAGAAAUGGCAGCUCGGGAAACUCAUCUUAUCUUGUUUGGAUGAGUUAGAGAAAUGA